CUUUCUUCACUAACACAACUGAGAGAAACCCACUUGCAUUUUUCACUAAAAAUGAGAGCUCCAGCCUUAUCAUUUUGCUCUAAUGUAUUCCCAGGCUCAACUCCGCAGUGUGAAAAGCAACCUGGCAGUGGCACUGCCAUUUUUCCAAGAGCCCAAUGGGGUUGCCGUGGCUCCAAUAGUUAUCAGCGCCACAAAAAAAUUAGUUUCCGAAGCAACUGCAACAAAGGCGACGCCGGUUGUGGUUGCGGCGGCGGAAGCGACGGUGGAGGUGGACUGAGCAGCAUUGUAACAAGAGAAGUGUUUGAAGAGAUGCUUCCGUAUAGAAACGAUCCUCGUUGCCCUGCCGCUGGGUUCUACACCUAUGAUGCUUUAAUGGAAGCUGCAAAGGCUUAUCCUGCUUUUGCUGCAACCGGCGAUGAUGCUACUCGCAAGAGGGAAGUUGCUGCUUUCUUCGGCCAAACUUCACAUGAAACUUCUGGAGGAGUAGGGUGGAAUGCACCCGGUGGUCCGUAUGUAUGGGGAUACUGCUUUACUAAGCAAAUAAACCCUCCUUCAGAUUAUUUGGACAAGACAUGCAAAGAGUACCCAUGUGUUCCUGGUCAGAAAUAUUAUGGUCGGGGCCCCAUACAACUUACUUGGAACUACAACUAUGGUCAAUUUGGAGCAACCAUUGGGAUGGAAAAGGAGUUGUUAGAAAACCCAGACCUGAUAGUAAGCGAUGCCACAUUGUGUUUCCAAUCUGCAUUAUGGUUCUGGAUGACUCCGCAAGGGUUAAAGCCUUCUUGCCACGAUGUGAUCACUGGAGCGUGGACGCCUUCAGCUAGGGACGUGGCGGCGGGUAGGUUUCCAGGGUAUGGAGUGAUCACAAAUAUCGUCAAUGGCGGUUUAUGCGGUCGGGGUUGGAACGCAGCGGGAGAGGACCUCAUUGGGUUUUAUAAAAGGUAUUGUGACAUGUUCGGAGUUAGUUACGGUGACUGUAUUGACUGCUACAACCAGAAAAAAUUCAGCCAGCAUUAAGUCGAUUCGAUGAUGUUGUGUUUAUCAUCUAACUUAUAUGCUAUCAAAUAUGAUUUUUACA